UGAACCCCAAAGCCAGGCGGGCUUACUUAGAGACACUUUGGGGGGCAAGGUGAAAUGGGGAGAAUUUUAUAUCCUUGGAAUUAGAUCGCCUGGGUUUCUUCAUACUUAGAGAUAGAGACCUUUCCUGUCCGUGCUCUUUCCCCCGUCCCGCAAAAAAAACCCUACUCCGCGCCGUAGGAAUCGAGCCCUUUUGACUUCUCCGGCGCGCCGUCGUCGGGGAAGUCUGGGGCAUUGGCGUUGGCCUUCCCAUCCUCCCGCGGACGUCCGACUGCACCCGCUGCCAUGGCGACGCUUCUGCGCGGGGCCCUGCGCCCCCUCCGCGCCUUCCAAGGCCGCGGGCGGCCGGCUGCAGAUGUGCCCCUUCGUGCCACGAGCCAUGGCACCGGCCUCCUCUACCCCGAACACAUCCCCACUUCCCUGCUGCAGAAGGCGCUGUUGGCCGCGGGCUCUGCCGUAAUGGCCCUCUACGACCCUUAUCGCCACGACAUGGUUGCCGUUCUAGGAGAGACCACAGGACGCCGAACCCUGAAGUUCCUCAGGGACCAGAUGAAGAGGGAUCCAGAGGGUGCCCAGAUCCUGCAGGAGCGUCCCCGGAUCUCGACAUCCACCCUCGACCUGGAGAAGCUCCGAAGCCUGCCUGAGGGCUCCUUUGGCUGCGAGUAUCUCCGUUUCCUGGAUGUGAAUAGGGUCUCCCCAGACACCCGAGCACCGACGCGAUUCGUGGAUGACGAGGAGCUGGCGUACGUGAUCCAGCGGUACCGGGAAGUGCACGACAUGGUCCACACUCUGCUGGGGAUGCCCAUCAACAUCCCGGGGGAGAUCGUGGUGAAGUGGUUUGAGGCUGUCCAGACCGGCCUGCCCAUGUGCAUCCUGAGUGCGCUCUUUGGCCCCAUCCGACUCAGCGCCCAGAGCCUGCAGGUGCUGGUCUCGGAGCUGAUCCCGUGGGCUGUUCAGAACGGACGCAGAGCCCCGUGCCUCCUCCACCUGUACUACGAGCGCCGUUGGGAGCAGCCCCUGCGGGCCCUGCGGCAGGAGCUGGGCAUCACGGAGCCCCCCGUGCGCGUCGAGGACCUGGUCUAGGCCCUGAGGCGCUGAGCCAGGAGGGCCUGGCGCGGCUCCCAGCCCCCCAGCCCCGCUCCCCGGGGGGCAGAGCGCCCCUUUGCCAGGACCUUUUCUUUGAACUCAGCCCUUGGACAUCAUUAAUCAUAAUUUACCAUAACCAGGAGUUCCCAUCGGGGCUCAGUGGUGACAACCCAACUAGUAACCAUGACGAGGCAGGUUUGAUCCCUGGCCUUGCUCAGUGGGUUACGGAUCUGGCGUUGCUGUGAACUGCGGUUUAGGUCACAGACUCGGCUUGGAUCCCGGGCGGCUCUGGCUGUGGUGGAGGCCAGCAGCUACAUCUCCAAUUUGACCCCUAGCCUGGGAACCACCAUGUGCCACCGGUGCAGCCCUAAACAGACCAAGAAAAGAAAGAAAUAAAAUUGAAUUCUCUAAAAACAAAAAA